CUGGUGUUUGCGUCCAGUGAUGGGAUUACGCUUAUGGUUAUAUAACUGUCAUCAUCAAGGACUGAUAUAUUCUACAUCGAAUUUGAUCAAUUUACACCAGUCCACUGCUUGAGCAUACACUACAACGACGAUUAUCAAUGUCGUUCGCUCCGCCUGCCGGUCCUCCGCCGCCUUCCGUCCCGGAGGGGUGGAAGCCCGAGUUCGAUGACCGAUAUAAGCAAUGGUACUUCGUAAACCUGCACACCGGCAAAUCCCAAUGGGAACGCCCAGAAGCCCCAGCCCAGAAGCAAGAGGAGUUGCAUGAACCUCCCAGCGCCCCGCCACCAUCAUACGAGGAAUCUGGCGCAGGGGACUCUGCAGCGGGUGCGAGUGACAAGAAAGGAGGUUUUGGCUCGAACAACCCCUACAACCAAGAAAAAGACAAGGAAGAUGUGGUCGAGAGCGAUGCAAAGCUAGCUGCGCGGUUACAAGCUGAAGAGAACGCUCGAUCUGGGACGCAAAGCCCAGCAGUACAGCCGGGUGCCGCUUCUGAUUAUUACAGCGAUGGCUCGCAUGCGCAAUCGCCAGGUCCUUCGUCAGCGCAGAACCUGGCGCCUCAGGAUACAGGUCGGGGAAAUAGAACGCGCAGCAGGAGUUUCUUGAGCAAGUUGAUGGGGAAGGCUAAGCCGAGCAGUGGGGGCAGUAGUAGUCCCUUUGGAGCCGGAGGGUACAGCAGACCACCCCCGCCGCCGCCGCAGUCAUAUGGGUACCCGUCAAGUGGUUAUUAUGGAGGUUAUGCGCAACCACAGGCAGGGUAUGGUUAUUCCCAAUACCCGAUGCAGGGUGGGUAUGCGCAGCCUCAGCGACGACAAGGUGGCAUGGGAAAUGCAGGUGCGGCAGCGUUAGGUGUUGGUGGUGGGUUGCUUGGUGGCGCUUUGCUGGCGGAAGCAUUCGAUGGGGAUGACAAUACUUAUAUUGAAAACAACUAUGGUGGUGAUGAUGGAGAUUAUGGCGGCGGCGGCGAUGAUUUCGGUGGUGGUGACUUCUAGUGGCCGCACUUGGUCGUGGUUGAUACGUUUGACGAUUAUACGCUUCCUUCAUGUUUGAUAUGUUAUCCCCGGUCUUUAUGGAUUUCAAGUAUAGUAUUGUUAAUUUUGGGAGGGUGCAACAUGGGUUGGUUUGAAUGUUUAUCAUCCUGUAUUUCAGAGCUUCAGUCUUCGCUUUAAAACAGCCAUGACUUGCAAUUUGAGGAUCAUGCAUCAGAUUUUAUAUAU